GCAAGUGUUUAAUUUAAUUUUAUAUUGAUAUCUCCGAAUAUGCGAGAUCGGAAUUUACAUUCUGAAAUUCUUGCGGUCAAAAAAAUCUUAAAAAGAUGGUCUACAUAUAUCAAUAUGCGAGCUCGCUAUUUGCAUUCUAAAAUUAUCGGAAAUGUUAAAAAGGUGGUCCCGUCUAAAUAACAUCUUAGCGGAUAAAAUUUGAUCAACAAUUAUAUGCAGCUGUCUCAACACCGUCUUGAUGGAACUUGCUCAACAAUUCUAAAAUUAGAAUGUAAAAUGUAGAAUUGUUCCUCGUCGUCAAAAACUAAAUAGUUAAUAUUAACCGAUUUUCAACUUCAAGGUUGUAACUCACGCUGCACUUAGCAAAAUUUAAAACCAAUUAUUUAAAACUUAGUUUUGAUAAGAAAGCUGGUAUUUAAAUAUCAUCAUUAUAACCCAUGAAGCACUGCGGCCUGUUUUAAAUAAGGAUGCAGGAAACGAACAUGUUGAGAAGGGUUGACAAUAGCAGCUACCGGCUUCACGAUCAGCACAGUGCGGCUAAUACGAGCGGCUGGUCUAGCGAAUCGUUGACCUUGUUGACAUUGCUAAUUUAAGCAAUUUACAAGCAACCCUGACACAACGAACCACUCGCUCACACUCUACAUCUAUCUGAGUAUGAUGGGGUUAUCUGGCUAUGAUGACUUGCUCUGAAGAAACAGACAUAAAAACGAUUGCUUGAAUACUGCGAGCUUGCAAAGCUUGCUUGGUAGUAAGCGAAAGCACACCGAAGUAAGAUUUUUCGAAUGGAUAACGUUUGAGUUGACCAGGAAAGUCGCUGACAUUGAAAAAAUAUUCUUGACACACUUUCCCUAUUUGGCACAUCCUUCAAGACCAGGCAAGACCAGGCAACGUUUGGACAAUAGAUAUCAAAACCCAAAGAAUUAAAAUACUUUAAUAAGAACUGCUAUCACAGGUGCUAAGGGAGUCAUCCUAAUAUGAGUACAACACCAAGCGCGCCAUUGUGCGAGUGGGACGAAAAGUAUAUUAUCAGCCAAGAGAGUUUAAGAGCUACUACAGGCGUGACGAUUUUUAUAGGUGUUAUGGCGGUGUUGGGAAACAGCUUCGUUCUCCUGGCCAUCUACAAGAGCGCAAAUCUCCAAAAAAUCCCCAUGUAUCUCCUUGGCUCGCUGGCGGUGGUUGAUGCUGCCGUGGGGAUGGUCAUUGUACCACUGUAUAGCGUCGCAUCCCUAACAUGGCCUCUCCUGCUCACUAACCACACAUUUGAGAUGUUCCUGGACUUCUUAGCACUACAGACCCUGAUGGCUUCUGCCUUCAGCCUUAUCCUUGUGACUUAUGACCGCUUUAAGUCUAUCAUUGCACCGAUGCGUUAUUCAGUCUGGGUAUCAAAUGCUAAGUGUUUUGCUGCCAUUGCAAUAGUUUGGGUCGCAUCAUUCGUUCUCGCGGCGGUAAGCUUCGCGCUGACAGGAUACGAGACCCGUCCUAAGUUCUACCUGUUCGUGGUCCUGGUCGCUUUUGUCAUACCGUUUAUGCUCAUUAUCUACAUGUACCAUAGAAUCUUUAAGGUUGCUGCUAGCCAAUUUCGUCGGCAGAUGAAUGCAAGGGUAGCGUCUUCUGCUGUGAGCGUUACAAAGUCGUCCGAUAGUGAGAGCUCAAGGCGUGAAGUUCUAAGGAACAAGAAGGCUUCUGUGUCCAUCGCCAUCAUCAUCGGUGUCUUUCUCGCCUGCUGGCUUCCCAAUCUUGUUAUAGGGGUGAUACACUUUGUGCAAUCGGAAAUCGAUCAUUGCACGGCAGAGCUAACGGAGCAGUUAUGGCUACUGACUCUCCCGUUCGCAUUCACUAACUCUGCUCUCAAUCCCAUUAUCUAUUGCAUAAGAUACAAGGACUUCCGUAUUGCUUUCAAGAGUAUUUUCAAAUUGUAAAUACACAACGGUCAGAAGUUAUAUUCCUAAGAAAUCUGCUUUUUGUGGGUAUAUUAGUUGUUAAGUGGGAAAUGGAUGAUGCCGUGUAAAUGUUGCUUUUUUUUUAUUCCUACAAGAGGGGGUAACAAGGGGAUCAAAUCUCUUGAGAACCUCAUGGCAGAGUAAUAAUUUUCCAUACAUUCUACUGUUAUCGAGACCUAUGAAUAUAUAUCGAUAUGCCUAGAAUACACAAAAAACUGGGAUUCGACUUCAGGGCAGACCUUAAGAAGUCUUAUUUACGACGAAAAUUUGGCAGAGUCAAAUUCCAGUUUUUGGUGUAUUGUAUUCAUUCUUCUGGUUCACGAACACGACUAUUUUUUUUUUUUUUUUUUUUUUUUGUAUUUGUUCGAUAUGCCUAGAAUAUUAUUACAUCGAGUUUCCCCCGUGUCACCUUUUUGCUUAUUCGAUAUAUUAUCUUGUAGUUUCAAACAUGGGGCAAACCGUGUUCUGAGGGGAAUUCUGACUCACAUAUAAGUGAUUCAUUACAAAUGAAAAUUAGUCAAACGCUUUGCACAUAUUUCCAAAAAUGGCUAAUACUCUCAGUAAAAAGAACAACUCCAUUGUGUAUGAAAGGUAUGUAACCUUUGGGUUCGAUACAAGCCUUUAGGACGAUUCAAAUUGUGAAUGUAAAAUUACAUUAUGUUUCUAUAAUAGACGAAGGUUUGUUUGCAGUGUGACGGGAAGACAUUGUAAAUACAAGACUAUUAAUAACUUCAUUAUCGCUGUUUGUC